CCCAGGGACCCCAACGCACUAGACGUUGACAAUUGGCGCCCGAACAGGGACCCUGAAGGACGUUCAGGAAGGAGGAUGGACGGACCUGUUCCUGGCUCCCCGCGAGGUGGAUCCAGCCAAGGACCAAUUCGAACGGCACCGUAUCCUGUCAGGCGACGAACAAGGAAUCCAGACCACGAUGAACUUCCAAUACAGGCCAUGGCACACCUAAAUUUGGGGGGACGACGUCGCCGUCGGCAAACAUUUGCUACUGUUUUGCCUACCUGGGGACAAAUUAAAAAACUUGGUGGGGAAAGGCAAAAAAUCUUGCAGCGGACAGGGAAGGCUUGCACACCCGAAAAUUUGUUUUUGGCCAUGUGCGCUUUACUUACUGUAUCAUCCUCCGCUGAAGCGACAGAUGAUACCACCGCAGAACAACUGGAGUGAGCCAAUGGUAAAUCAUCAAUUGAUGGCCUGGGGAGAUGGCGGCAUUGCAGAUCCUCGUGUAGCACAUCAGAAAUUUCCUGAUCAUAUUCAAACACACUUAUGGAAAAUUGCAGCUGCGCUUAAGACUGUUAGAAUUUACAAUGGAACUUUUUCUGGCACAGCGAACUCUGCGUCAACUUAUAACUUCACUAUUUUUAAAGAAAUGAAUGUAACCGCUUGUGUACCUCUGCCAUAUCUAUUUCUGGUUGGGAACUUUAGUUUCUAUAAUGGAAUUAACUGUACCAGAUGUCGACUGUACUCUUGUAUUAAUAAUUCUAUAGAAUUUGAACUGGGAUAUUCUCUUAUGAUUUUGCAACAACGUUCUCACACUUGGCUUCCGGUGAAUCUAGAACGGCCGUGGGCCCAAAAUCCCGUGGACGCCUUAGUUUUGGAGUUUUUCAAAAAG